CCUGUAAGAUGGAGAUGAAGAUUGUCUUAUAUACAGAACUCCUGGGAGGGGCAAGAAGGAAAAUGCACAGUUCGCCUUCCCAUGGAGGGAAUUGUCUCCACAGUGAGGGAGCCUCCCCUCCUGCCUCUGGCUGAGUCCUGCUGUGUUUGAGCUGCAGUGCUGAGUCCUGAAGUCCUUAAGGAAAAUGGCUCCAAAGGUUAAACGAACCUGGAAAAAUACAUAGAUGCCACAUUGCAGCUUCUCCAGAUGUGUGGGGAUAAUAGUUCAGAAGGCAAGUGAUCCCCUUGGAUUAGGUAACUAGUCAUAAUGAAGAAAAUUAGUCUUAAAACCUUCCGGAAGUCUUUUAACUUGAAUAAAAGCAAGGAAGAGACUGAAUUCAUGGUGGUACCACCACCAUCACUAGCCAGCGACUUUGGAAAAGAUGAUUCCUUAUUUGGUAGCUGCUAUGGUAAAGAUAUGGCCAGCUGUGAUAUCAAUGGUGAUGAUGAAAAGGGGGGAAAAAAUAGAUCAAAAAGUGAGAGCCUGAUGGGUACCCUAAAAAGGCGGCUUUCAGCGAAACAGAAACCUAAGGGCAAGAGCAGCACGCCCUCUGGCUCUGCCGAUGAGGACACUUUCUCCUCCUCAUCAGCCCCUAUGGUCUUCAAGGACGUCAGAGCCCAAAGGCCCAUCAGGUCCACUUCCCUCCGCAGUCACCACUACAGCCCCACACCGUGGCCUCUUCGACCUACGAACUCUGAGGAGACAUGCAUCAAAAUGGAGGUGAGAGUCAAAGCCUUGGUUCACUCUUCUAGCCCAAGUCCUGCAUUGAAUGGUGUUCGAAAGGAUUUUCAUGACCUUCAGUCUGAAACUGUUUGCCAAGAGCAAAGCAAUCCACUCAAGAGUUCAGAUUCUCCCAGUGGAGACUUGCAUCUCCACCUGGAUGAACAUGUGCCUGUAGUUAUUGGACUUAUGCCUCAGGACUACAUUCAGUACACCGUGCCUUUAGACGAGGGGAUGUAUCCUUUGGAAGGAUCACGGAGCUAUUGUCUGGACAGUUCUUCACCCAUGGAGGUCUCUGCCGUUCCUCCUCAAGUCGGAGGGAGCUCUUUUGCUGAAGAUGAGAAUCAGGUAGAUCGGGACCUAGUCGUCGGUCCAGAGAUCUUCGUGGAUCAGUCUGUGAAUGGAUUGUUGAUUGGCACCACAGGAGUCAUGUUGCAGAGCCCCAGAGCAAGUCACGAUGAUGUCCCUCCACUCUCACCAUUGCUACCUCCAAUGCAGAAUAAUCAAAUCCAAAGGAACUUCAGUGGACUCACUGGCACAGAUGCCCAUGUGGCUGAAAGUAUGCGUUGUCAUUUGAAUUUUGAUCCUAACUCUGCUCCUGGGGUUGCAAGAGUUUAUGACUCUGUGCAAAGUAGUGGUCCCAUGGUUGUGACAAGCCUUACAGAGGAGCUGAAGAAACUCGCAAAACAAGGGUGGUACUGGGGACCAAUCACACGCUGGGAGGCAGAAGGGAAGCUAGCAAACGUGCCAGAUGGUUCUUUUCUGGUACGGGAUAGUUCUGAUGACCGUUAUCUUUUAAGCCUGAGUUUUCGCUCCCAUGGUAAAACACUUCACACUAGAAUUGAGCACUCAAAUGGUAGGUUUAGCUUUUAUGAACAGCCAGAUGUGGAAGGACAUACAUCUAUAGUAGACCUAAUUGAGCAUUCAAUCAGGGACUCUGAAAACGGAGCUUUUUGUUAUUCAAGGUCUCGGUUACCUGGAUCGGCCACUUACCCUGUCAGACUGACCAAUCCAGUGUCACGGUUCAUGCAGGUGCGCUCUUUGCAGUACCUGUGUCGUUUUGUUAUACGUCAGUAUACCAGAAUAGACUUAAUUCAGAAACUGCCUUUGCCAAACAAAAUGAAGGAUUACUUACAGGAGAAGCACUACUGAAAGAUUGAGAACCCCGCAUCUUGCACUUUGGGAAUAAGAAAAAGAGAUUGAAAUACAGUUUACAAACUUUCAUUGCCAUCAAAAUGUUUUGCUGCCAUAACUAUUUUAGUUUUAUGUGUAAAAGAGUCAUCGAUUUGUUUAGGGGUGGGGAAGUGUCUGCCAAGGUGUCUUGGGUUUAUUUUGGUUUUUUAAAGAGGGAUGUCUUGAGGUUCUAGAAGUGUGAAUUAUCUUUCAUUAAUGUGCAGAAUAAUCGCAAUGUGAAUUACCAGAUUUUCCUAUGUGCCCCCAGUCCUUUGCUGCUAUCCACUGUGAUUUUUAUGCAUUAAAAGCACAUUUCAUUUGUAUUCAACCCUAAUUAAAGUUGAAUGAACCUUGUAGAAUGAAAAUUACUAUGUCUUCAAAUGGCCCAUUUCCAAAUGAUAGUGUUGAAUAAACACGUGUGUGAUAAGACACGGAAUUUACAUAUACACUGAGAAGAUUUUAUUUAGAAUUAAGAGUUGAUGUAAUCUUGGUUAGAGGACUACAAAUCUGCAACACACCUUUUACAACACUAAAUUAUUUUUUAAGUUGUGCUGGGUUUUUUGGUUGUGAAAGUUGAAUUUUUCUGUUGCCUUCAUUUUCAUCUUGUGGUUUGUCUAUUUUAAUAAAUGGCCUUACAUUAAAAAUUGAAAAGAAAUAUAUACCACCAAUUUAGGAAUUGUUGCCUUUUCUGUCAUUAAACUCGGGUACAAAUUGUCAUCAGUAAAGACGAUAGAACCAGAACUACUAUCGUGGUCAUACUUCCCUGAGCAUUUUUCUGUGUUUUCUAUGCUUUCCUUUAAUUAAAUGUUUUAUCUGUGAUUUCUUUAGUUAACAUUUUCUUGGGUGAACUUGAGUAUACAACUAAUUUUCAUUAAUUGAUUGGAUUCUCUUAUAACAUUAAAGUUUAUAUAAAGUUUUACAUUGAUUUUGACUGGAAAGAAAAGAUUUUUUUUGAAGUUGGAGUGAUAGUUUCCUUUCAUAUAGUCACUAUUAAAAUAUUCUAGGUGUGACCAUUUUCCCCAGUUUAAACAAUCCUUAAUGACUUAGAGGGAAAGUUUUGAAAUUGUGGAGUAUCACGUGAGAAAAAUAGUAAAACCAUAUCAAAUAAACAGAAGUCCUGUUUCCUGCCAUACACACUGCCACCUAAGAAUUAGGGCUCUUCUUUGUUUGCCUUUUAAAUUUAAUUCUUAAUUAACUUGGCGUCUCUAGUUUUUCACCUCUUUGUGUCAAUUGUUGAAGGAAGGGAUAUUAUGCCUCAUAAUUUUUACUUAUUUUGAAAUGGAGAGCACUUACUCAUUUCUUGAUUCCAAAUGUAGUAUUUAAAGAUUACUCAUUCAGAAAACCUCCUCAGCUCUACAAGCUUUAAGGAAAAUGUUUCCAUCUUAGAUGAAACAUGUGAUCUGAGAUGUUUCUUCUUUUGUCACGUCAAGUUUUCCUAUCUCUUACCUCCUUUGAACACAAGGGUAAAAGUCUUAGGUCAAACUUACUGGCUUUGGCAUUCAGACAUACCUGUAUCUUACCUUUUUUCUGUAUUUGUUAGGAUGA